AUUGUGCCGGUGCCGGGCCCAGACCAGACAGUUGUGACCGUUAGUAACCUCAAACUGACGUCCCCGCUGGCCCAAGCACGCGCCACCUCCAGCGCACCAAUCGCUGACCGAGAAUGCCUCCGACGUCACUCAGUAGCUUCCGGGCUGGUAAGCACACUGGCCCGGUGAUGCUCAAAAUAUACAAUUUCACUCAAUUUUAAACAUCCGUUUAAUAACAGACUAGCAGCUGUGAUUUAUAACCAAACACACAGCGUUAACAGAUUACAUCAAUAUGAUGUCAGAGCUUUGGUUAAAAGGAUAAAAGAGACUUCAGCAGCGAGAGAGAAAAGAGGUCUGGUCACAAAAGAACCACCGCCUGCAACCUUCAGAGAGUCAGAAUACCUAAAGAGCAGUGACGAGCGCGGUGCAUCACUGCUUGUCCGGUUUGAUUCGUCUCCAGCAGUGACUUCAUCCUCCAAAGAUGAAGUUGAAGGAGGAUAUGAACCCCCUACUGCUGCAGGUCUUCCGCUCCGUGGUGUGGGUCUACUCCGUCAUCACCUUCAUACCCUGGUACUUCUUCUCCGGAGCCGGCAACAACGUGGAACGGGCUCGCCGGCUCAAGGCGCGCUCGGUCAGCGGCCACCCAGCGGGGCCUUACAGGGCCAUCAACAGCCAAGAGAAGCUGGUGGCGUGGCUGAACCCGAGGGUGGACAGCCUGGACAAAAUGUUUGAAUACGCCGCGAGUCGGUUCCCGCAGAGAGACUGUCUGGGCACCAGGGAGGUGCUCAGCGAGGAGGACGAGCUCCAGCCUAACGGCAAGGUCUUCAAGAAGGUAAUUCUGGGGAACUACAACUGGCUAUCAUACGAGGAAGCCUACGAGUCGGCGAAGUGUUUUGGCAGCGGCCUGGCAGCGCUCGGCCAGAAGCCUCAGUGUAACAUCGCCAUCUUCUGCGAGACCAGAGCAGAGUGGAUGGUGGCGGCACUAGCCUGCUUCAUGUACAAUUUCCCACUUGUGACCCUGUACGCCACUCUCGGACCCACGGCCAUCGCCCACGGCCUGAACGAGACCGAGAUCACGCACAUCAUCACAAGCAAAGACCUGCUGCAGAGCCGUCUCAAGGCCAUACUGUUGGAUGUGCCGAGGCUGCAGUAUAUCAUUGUGGUCGACAGUAAACCCACGAGCUUGCCAAACCUCCCCAGAGGCAUCAUCAUCUACAACAUGGACGCUGUGAGGGAGAUGGGAUCCAAGCCUGACAAUAUAGCAGUAAACCGCAGACAGUCAGAGCCCUCGGACAUCGCGGUCAUCAUGUACACCAGCGGCUCCACAGGCAUCCCUAAGGGUGUCAUGGUCUCCCAUGGCAACAUCAUCGCUGGCAUCACUGGCAUGGCUGAGCGAAUCCCUAACCUCAAUGAAACAGACACCUAUAUUGGCUACCUACCGCUGGCCCACGUGUUAGAGCUCAGCGCUGAACUGGUGUGCAUCUCUCACGGCUGUCGCAUCGGCUACUCCUCACCUCAGACUCUGGCUGACCAGUCUACCAAGAUAAAGAAGGGCAGUAAAGGGGACACCAGUGUGCUGAAACCUACUCUCAUGGCUGCUGUACCAGAGAUCAUGGAUCGAAUCUACAAGAACGUGAUGACCAAAGUGGAGGAGAUGAGCAAACUCCAGAAGACGCUCUUUGUGCUGGCUUACAACUACAAGAUGGAGCAGAUCUCCAAAGGCUACAGCACGCCUCUCUGUGACAGUCUGGUGUUCAAACGGGUGCGCGCGCUCCUGGGAGGCAACACGCGGGUUCUGCUUUCUGGCGGAGCACCGCUCUCGGCCGCCACACAGCGCUUCAUGAACAUCUGCCUGUGCUGCCCUGUAGGGCAGGGCUAUGGCCUGACGGAGACCUGUGGAGCUGGCACCAUCAGCGAGAUGUGGGACUACAGCACAGGACGGGUCGGUGCUCCACUGGUUUGCUCAGAGAUCACACUGAAGGACUGGGAGGAGGGUGGUUACUACAGCACAGACAAGCCCAACCCGCGGGGGGAGAUUUUGAUCGGCGGUCCCAAUGUAACGAUGGGUUACUACAAAAACGAAACCAGGAACCGCGAGGACUUUUUUGUGGACGAGCGCGGCCAGAGGUGGUUCUGCACAGGAGACAUCGGACAGUUCUACCCCGAUGGAUGCCUUAAGAUCAUCGACCGUAAGAAAGACCUGGUGAAAUUGCAGGCAGGCGAGUACGUCUCUCUCGGAAAAGUGGAGGCUGUUUUGAAGAACUGCUCACUGAUAGACAACAUCUGUGCCUAUGCCAACAGUGACGAGUCGUAUGUGAUUAGCUUCGUGGUGCCUAACCACAAGCAGCUAAUGGCGCUGGCAGAGCAGAUGCAGGUGAGGGGCACAUGGGAGGAGAUGUGCAACAACUCGCUGAUGGAGAGAGAAGUCCUCCGUAUCAUUACCGAGGCUGCCCUCUCAGCAAAAAUGGAGCGAUUUGAGAUCCCCAAGAAGAUCCGUCUGAGCGCUGAGCCCUGGACGCCAGAGACCGGGUUGGUCACUGACGCAUUCAAACUGAAACGCAAGGAGCUCAAAUCACACUACCAGGAAGACAUUGAGAGGAUGUACGGCGGAAAAUAACACACGCAAACAACACAUACACACUUGCAAAACAUACACAAGGAGCUCAGAAGCCACUACCAAGGAAGUUAUACUUUAGAUACACACGCGCAUCAUUACAGACACAUAAAGCGUCUCAUGCACCGCCUCCUCGGCUUCCCUACGACCAGCUUCGAUCAAAAGAGGGGGAAAAAAAUAAACUGAAUCCAGCUCUCUGUCAAGAUCAAAAGGCAGAGGGUCCCUCACAGAAAACUGAACCAGCCGGACGUGCACGAUGCGACGCACUCGCUGUUCCCCCCCUUUGAUGGAUUUAGCCCUUUUGAGUUGCCAUGACAACCAAGUCAGCACACAAAGUCGGACGUCCGCAUGACUCGAAGUGAAACAAAAUGUCAGGCUAGACGUAUAUCUGGAUCAAUGUCAGCGCGCCCUCUUCGUUGCUUCUCUUCCUCUCCGGAGCCGUCCACCAGUUCAUGGUCGUGGACUUGUAGCGCAGAUACCUGGCAGGGAAAACGGGAUAGCAUGAGUCUGUUAGAGGGAUCCCUCCUGGGCUUUAAUCAAGUAACAUUCAGGUUGGAAUCUAUGCAGGGAUCUCUAUUAGCUCUUUUUUUUUAUGUGUCAUCAUGUUUCAUGUUUUGUUUGUCAGCUUUGAAACCUAUUCGAUGAUUAUUUCAGUGUUGCAAAGCCAUGAGAGAUUGAGCGUCAAGAUGUUUGUAAUUACUUUUUUCUUACGGUUCUUUUAUGGGUGUAAUAUUCUGAGUUUUUUUUUUUUUAUUUCUUUUAUCCUCCUGUUUUUUAUCGCCAAUUUGUUUUCGCAAAUCAUACUUUUAUUGAGCUUUGUUUACAAGCUUUUUUGUUGUUGUUGUAUUUUACUCCCCUUUUUUUCUGCCUGUGUCCCAAAGUUUGUACAUUUGAGUGUGUGUUUACGGACUUGACUCGUAGAACCGAUCCAGACUGAAGUCCCUUCUGCUCUCGGGUCAAACAUCGAUCGUAAAAAGGCAUCCGUUGGGACUUUUUCCAACCUUGCUCUUUGCCCCCCCCCAGCUUCAGUUUUCCCCCUGGAUGCCUCCCAAACUGUGUCUUAUUGGUUAUUUUGUUGGUUCAUUGACGUACCAUAGCCCUGCCACGUAUUCCUCCAGUCAUGGCCGAUGCACUGUAUGGAUGUCUCCAAGGGAACUUGGCCCAGCGUAGAAAAUUUAAGGUCACUCUCCCAGUUGCUGUACAUGUCAUCCUUUUUUUGCCAUAGAUCUAGUUACGGUUGUCUUUUUUUUUUUUACAUAUGAAUAUGAAAUACAAAAUGAAUGUGCAAUAUUUAUACACAAAUUUUAAACUAAAGUAUGUAAUAAGGAAAAAAAACACACAGAUACAGCAGCCCCUCCAUAGUGGAUGAAUGUUUAGGCCUCAUAAUGGAAGACUUCACAAGCAUAGGAAUAAAGAAGGUAGAGAGACACUGAUAGGGAAGUCUACAUGUAGCCCAUUUUAACAUACUGUGCUAAACAAUGCUAUUUUAAUAAGACUGUAAAGUGACAAAUUCAAUAUUUGGCAUUGUAGAAAUCGCAAGAUGAAAAGUGUGCAACUGUACCAAAGCACUUGAAUAUAUAUUUUUGAGAGAGAGAAACGAGAGGAUCGCGCUCCAGUCGAACAACUGAAGAAACUCCACAUGAAUACACUCCUUAUUUAAUUGUGAUUAUAUAAAGUAUAUAGCAUAAAGAUCACCAGACCUCAUAGAGAGCAGGCAACAUUUCUGUAUCUUCAAAAUGUGUAUGACACUGUAUGUGCAAUGUAUAUAAAAGGGUUAUGUAUAGCAUAUACAAUAAUGACUGUAGGUUUUCAGAAGUUCUCUCAUCAGUACGACUCUUGCUUCAGUCUUUCUUUCUUCUCUUUAGGUUUAUAGGCAGAAUAUUAAAUCAUAUUUUGGUCAAUGUAAAGGGGACAUAUUUCCCACAGCUGCCCUCUUGGAAUGCAAAUUAUGCUUUGCUUGUAUACUGUAAAACAUUUAGCAUUAAUAAAGGUACAGUCAGGUACUCUAACUACUUCUCUUAUCAGACGUCUACUUGCUCAACGCAGAUUUUUAGCAUGUAAAAAACUAAACAGUACUAUCAUGAUGAGGUGGGAAGCCGUUCCUCCCUUCCUGUUUUUUUUUUAAUAUGGUUCUCCUAAAGAUUUCAGUGGAAAGUCAGCUUUCUGUGCUGUUUGCUGCUUUUCCUCUGCCUGGCUAGAGGCGGCUAGUUGCCUUCUGACUCACAUGAGCUGUCUUCAGGGGUCUUAAGAAUGUGAAGCACUCCCUACCCCCCACGAUUUCUCGAUAGCACACAAGUCCCGCUACGUCCAUCAGAACUAACGGCAAGGCAAAGACCAAUCCUGUUGUUUUCACUUGCAUUGUAAAUAGGCAAAGAGAGAAGGGGAUCAAUGAUUCAACUUCAGUCAAACUACCAAUAAUUGUACAGGUGUUAACAUAUUUAAUAUCUUUGUUAAUGACCAGAUUUUGGGGGGGUCUCCUCCUUGUUUUUGUGUGGUUAAGUGGCCCUGCGAGACAGGCUCAUGCAAGUGUCUCCUUCAUUAUUUAUUUGUGAUCUGGCCUUGAAAAUGAUGUAAUGGAAUAAAGAAGUUUGUGUUGUAA